GAUGGCGACAGGCAGGACGUGGCGGCUCCCGGCGUGGCUGGCUCUCUUCUGCGGUCUUUCCACGGCAACUUUCCGUGGCAAGGAAUUCUUCACCGUCUUCCUGCAGAACGAUGUCGAAGGCACCCAAGCCUUCAUCGACCUCCUCUUCACCUCCUACUCCAGCUCCACCAAGGUGACGGUGACGAUGAGCGGUGGCACCUUCACCGAGACCGUCACCCUCGACAAAGACAAGACGGUUUCCCUCCGCAUCCCCGAGAGCCUAGAGCUUGUCGGCAACAGGAUUUUGAACAAAGCCAUCUUGAUUCAAUCCACCAAGGAGAUCUCUGUGGCCUGGGUCAGCUACAAAACCCACACCGUGGGUGGCACCACCGUGUUGCCUGUAAAUAAGCUGGGCAGCAGCUAUUACGUGGUGACACCGAGCGGCGCCACCAAAAGCGGCUUGAAGCAGUUUGUUGUGGCAGCCGGGAAGACCGCGGCCACCGUUUUCAUCAACACCAAGGGCACGAUUUAUUACGAAGGGAAUAUUUACUCCCCCGGGUCCACCCUUCAAGUCUUCUUGAAACCCUACCACAGCUUGCAACUGCAAAGCACCUACGAUUUGUCCGGCAGCAAGGUGAUAUCGGACAACCCCGUCGCGGUCCUCAGCGGACACAGUUGCGUGAAGGUGGUCCGUAGCUGUGACUACGUGGUCGAGCAGCUUCUGCCUGUCAACAUGUGGGGGAAAGCCUACGUCAUCCCCCCCAACCCCUUCCAGCCGAACACCGACCUUGUCUACGUUGUGGCAGCCGAGAAAACCUCCAUCAGCUACAACAAGGAUGAUUUUGUCAUCAGUGAGGUCAUGAUGGAGGGGCAGGUCAAAGAGUUGGUGAUUAGCCAACGUUCACCUCUUCACGUGAGCUCUUCAGCUGCAGUUCAGGUGGUUUUCUUCUUCACCAGUGCCAGGGAGGGCUCGUUUAAGCGAGACUCCUACAUAAUCAACAUCCCACCCAUCUCCACCUACUGCACAUCCUACCGGGUUAACAGCAUGGAUGGCUACUACAACCACGUGAUCCUCAUCGCCCAAAACACUGACACCAGCACCGUCACCAUCAACCAGAAUACGGACGAGAGCGUGACCUGGCAUCCGAUUCCCAGCACGGGCUUCUCCUGGGCCAUCAUCACCAUGAGAAACCCAGGAGAAAUCCAGAGCGUUGAGCACCACCAGUCACCCAUCGGGGUCCUGGUCUUCGCCUUCCUGAAUUAUGCUGGUUAUGGUUUCACUGGUCUUUGCGCCACACCUUCUGCUCCUCUUUCCUGCAAAGACCUGGACUGCAAGGAGAAGUGCGAGGUGGUGGAUGAAGAACCCACGUGCGUCCAAGAAACCUUCUCAACCUGCUGGGCCACCAGUGGCCUCCACUACCAAACCUUCGAUGGGAAAGCCUUUGAUUUCACGGGCACGUGCACCUACACCUUGACCAAGACCUGUGAUACGGAUCCAACCCUGCCCAUCUUCAGCAUCGAGGCCAGAAAAGAACACAGGGGUAACCGGAAAGUCUCCUACGUUGGCUCCGUGACCCUCCGUGUCUACGACAUCACCAUCACUGCGGUCAGGUCCGAGAACGGGAUCGUGAGGGUGAACAACCAUCGUUCCCACCUCCCCAUCUCCCUUGCCCAAGGGAAACUCCAGCUGCAGCAGAAGGGCAAGACCUUGCUGAUUAAAACCGACUUCAGGCUGAAGAUCCUCUAUGACUGGGGUGACCACGUGGUGAUAAAGAUCCCCAGUAGGUUCUUUGGCAAAGUGUGCGGGAUGUGUGGCAACGGCAACGGCAACCCCGAGGAUGAUUUCCUCAUUCCCAGUGGCAAACUGGUGCAGGACGCCGUGGAGCUGGGCAAGAGCUGGAAGGUGACCAGCGAGAGCCGUCGCUGCCGGGACAGCUGCAGCGGGAACUGCGGACGUUGCCAAUGGGACGAGGAGGUGAAGUACAAGCAGGAGACGUCGUGCGGGUUGCUCACCCAACGCCCGGGGCCCUUCGAGCGCUGCCACGCCACCGUCAACCCCAACGUCUACCUGAAAAACUGCAUCUCCAACCUCUGCGUGAAUGAUGGGCUCCACACCGUGCUGUGCCAAGCCCUCGAAGCCUACGCAGACGACUGCCAGGAGGAGGGAAUCACUCUUUCUGACUGGAGGACGCUGGCACGUUGUUCUCUCCCCUGCCCGAAGAACAGCAACUACACGGCGUGCGGCGCCGCCUGCCCCGCCACCUGCAACGCCGCCGCCGCGCCCGCCGACUGCGAAGCCUCGCCCUGCGUGGAGGCCUGCGCCUGCCAGGACGGCUUCGUCUUCGACGCCAACGAGUGCAUCCCCCGGGCCGAGUGCGGCUGCGUCUUCGAGGGUCACCUCCACGGCCUCCACGAGGCGUUUUGGGGUGACAGCACCUGCUCCAAACGUUGCGUCUGCGACGAGACGUCGCGGAUGGCCGCGUGCCGGCGGGCCAGCUGCCGUGCCGGGGAAGAAUGCCGGGUGGAGGACGGCGUCCAGGGUUGCUACCCGAAGAGCUACGGGACCUGCACAGCCGUCGGCGCCACCCACUACACGAGCUUCGACGGCGGGAAGUUCGUCUUCCAGGGCACGUGCAUCUACCAGUUGGCCGGGUUGUGCGGGAAAACCCAAGGCCUGGUGGACUUCCAGGUGCUGGUGCAGAACGGCCGCCAGGACGCCGCGCUGCUCUCGGCCGUCGCUCUCGUCGCGGUCAAAGUCUAUGACAAAACCGUCGUGAUCAGCCAGGAGCGCCCCGGGAAAAUCACCAUCAACGACCGGUUGGCCAACCUACCGUAUCGCCACAGAGACAGGAAGAUCUCCGUCUACAGAGGUGGGCGGGAAGCGGUGGUAGAGACGGACUUUGGCCUCACCGUCACCUACGACUGGCAAAGCCAAGUCACCGUGUCGGUGCCCAGCACUUACGCGAACGCCCUGUGCGGCCUCUGCGGGAACUACAAUGGGAACGUGGGCGACGAGAUGAUGAUGAAGAACGGCCAAGUGACGUCAAAGCCAGACGCCUUCGGGCACAGCUGGAAGGUCAGCGACACGCUGGGUUGCGUGGAGCUGUCGAAGGUGGAAUGUCCUGCCAUCGCAGCGGCUCUGCAGCGCCAGAAAGUCUUGAAGAUGGGUUGUGGGAUCAUCCAGCAGGCGGACGGACCCUUCAGAGCUUGCCAUGCUCUUGUGGACAGCGCGCAACACUUCCAAAACUGCGUGCAUGAUUUUUGCCUCUUCCCAGACCAGGAAGGUGUGAUGUGCCACGUCAUCGCCCGCUACGCCGCUGCCUGCCAGGCCGCCGGUGCGACCGUCGAGAAAUGGAGGACGGACAAUUUCUGCAGUCUUUCAUGCCCUGCAAACAGCCACUACGAGGUCUGCGCCGAGGACUGCCAGCAGACCUGCGGCGGCAUCCACUCCCCGGUGAAAUGCUCGGAGCGGUGCAGGGAGGGCUGCGUGUGCGACGAAGGCUUCGUGCUCAGCGGCGACGAGUGCGUCCCCACGUCCCAGUGCGGAUGCUUCCAUCAGGACUUCUACUACAAGGUGGGGGAGACUUUCUUCCCCAGCAAGAAGGAGGAAUGUCAGUGCAAGGCUGGCAGCUCGGUGGCCUGCAAAAAACAUUCUUGCCCUGGAGACAGCGAAGUCACGGUCAUUGAUGGGGUCCUCCAAUGCCCAUCUGCCAUGCUUGGGACCUGCGUGGCCACCGGUGACCGCAGCUAUAUGUCCUUUGAUGGGUCGGCUUUCAACAUCUCCGGCACCUGCUCCUACAUCCUCACAGAGACCUGUACCAGCGAGAAUGUCACACCAUUUGUUGUGAAAAUCACGAAGGACGCCCGGCAGAAGGGGAAGGCCUCCGGCAUCCAAGAACUGACCGUCGAAGUUUACGAGCUCACGUUGACCUUGACGCGAGGCAAGAGGGGAGACGUCACGGUGGCCUCCAUAACCCACCACCUCCCAGCCAUCCUGAGCCAGGGACGGGUCCAGGUGCACAAACACGGGAUGGGCGUCCUUCUUGAGACUGACUUCGGCCUCAUCAUCUACUAUGACCUCCUCCACCACGUGGCAGUCACAGUCCCGAAGAGCUACCAGGGCCAACUCUGUGGGCUCUGUGGCAACUACAACCUGCAACGCAACGAUGAUUUCCUCCUCCUCAGUGGCCAGAAGGCCCCCAACACGAGGGUCUUUGGUUCCGGUUGGAAAACGGGUGAUGUGCCCUGCGCUGAUGAGUGCCCCAAGGACGACUGCCCCGCCUGCACGGAGGAGAAGAAGGCGGUCCUGCAGAAACGCAACUACUGUGGCAUCCUCACGCUCUCGAAGGGCCCCUUUCAGUCCUGCCACCACCUCAUCAACCCAGACCUCUAUUUCCAAGCCUGCCUCCACGACACUUGCCUCGCAGAGGGAAACACCCACGUCCUCUGCCGGAGCAUCCAGAGCUACGCCGCCGCUUGCCAAGAAGCCGGUGUCAUGAUCGAGGCUUGGAGAAAACCAUCCUUCUGCCCCCUCAGAUGCCCGGACAAGAGCAGCUACUCCCUCUGCACCAACCUCUGCAUCAACAGCUGCGCAGCGCUUGUAGAUGCCUCCAAAUGCCCCAAAACCUGCGUCGAAGGCUGCCAGUGCGAUAAAGGGUAUCGCUUUGAUGGGCACAGCUGCGUUCCCAAGGACAAAUGCGGCUGUUUUGUGGAUGGGAGAUAUUACAAGCCCCACGAGACGCUCUUGAAGGACAGCUGCCAGCAGCGAUGCACGUGCGUCCCCGGCAAGGGCUUGACUUGCAGCAGCCACAGCUGCACCGAUGACGAAACCUGCGACAUCCGGGACGGGGUCUGGGGUUGCAUCAAUCAAAACCCCUGCAAAGCCCUUCAGUGCCGGCCCAAGGAGAACUGCCAGUUUAAGGAUGGCCAAGCCAAGUGUGUCCCAUCGCUGGUUGCCACCUGCUGGGGUUGGGGGGACCCCCACUACCACACCUUCGACAAUCUCGAUUUCGACUUCCAAGGCACCUGCACCUACACCAUGGCCGAAUCCUGCGGGAACGACACCAGAUUGGUGCCCUUCAAGGUGGAGGGCAAGAACGACAUCCGCGGUGGGGUGAAAUCGGUCUCCUAUGUGAGCUUGGCCAACAUCAAUGUCUACGGCCAACAGGUCUCCAUCCACCGGAAGGAAUUGGGCAAAGUCAGGGUGAACGGGGUGGGGACGCUGCUCCCAGUGAGCCUGGAAGAUGGCAAGGUGCAGGUCUUCCAGAGCGGGCUCAGCGCCGUGUUGGAGACGGAUUUUGGGCUCCGGGUAAUGUACGACUGGAACUGGCAUCUGGUUAUCGACCUCCCCAGCAGCUACUACAAACACACCUGCGGCCUCUGCGGCAACUUCAACCUCAAGCCCGAGGACGACGUCCCCCAGCACGGCAGCAACCUCACCGCCCUGGUGGACUGGGCCAAAAGCUGGAAAUCCCCCGACGAGGACGACCCGUUUUGCUGGGAUUAUUGCGAAGGCACCUGCCCGGUGUGCGAGGAGGAGAAAAAAGAGCUCUACGGGGGCGACCACUACUGCGGCCUCAUCAAGAAAACCUUCCAAGGGCCCUUCAAGGCUUGCCACAACGUCGUCAAGCCCCGUGAUUUCUACCGCAACUGCCUCUACGAUGUGUGCAUGAGCAACGGGGCGAAGAAAAUCCUCUGCAAGGUGCUGGAGGCUUAUGCAUCCACCUGCAAGAAGCACGGGGCCGUCGUGCGUGACUGGAGGACGCCAUCGGACUGCCCAUUACCCUGCCCUAAAAACAGCCACUACGAAGCCUGUGGCAACGCCUGCCCAGCCACCUGCACCAACCGGGACGCGCCGGCCGCCUGCACCCAGCCCUGCGUGGAGACCUGCGCCUGCAACGAGGGCUACGUCCUCAGCGGCAGCCAGUGCGUGGCAGCGUCCAGCUGCGGCUGCACCCACAACGGCCGCUACCACCCUCCCGGCGAGGAGUUCUGGGCCGACGAGACCUGCCAGUCUUGGUGCCGGUGCGACCCGGAGCUGGGCAUGGUGGUGUGCAAGGAAGCCGGCUGCAAGCUGGGCGAGAAGUGCGCCGUGGUGAAGGGCGUGCGGCGCUGCGUGGCCAAGAGCCGCUCCGUCUGCGUGGCCGCCGGCGACCCCCAUUACACCACCUUCGACGGGCGCCACUACGACUUCAUGGGCACCUGUGUCUACCAGCUGGCUGCCCUCUGCUCCGACGACCCCACCCUCGUCCCCUUCACCGUCCUGGUGGAGAACAACCACCGAGGCAGCCGGGUGGUCUCUUACACCAAGGAGGUCACCCUGAAAGUCUACAACAUGACCCUCAGCCUCAGCCAGGAGCACCCCCAGAAGCUCAAGGUCAACGGGAUCCUGGUGGACCUGCCCUUCAGCCACGGCGACAAACUCCAGGUCUACCUCAGCGGCGUCCACGGCUUCAUCAAGACCGACUUCGAGGUCAUCGUCACCUUCGACUGGCACAGCUACGCCAGGGUCAUCCUCCCCGACACCUACUCGCACGCCGUCUGCGGCCUCUGCGGCGACGCCAACGGCGACCCCGAGGACGACUUCGCUUUGCCCAACGGGCAACGGGCCACCAACGAAAUCCAGUUUGCCGGCUCCUGGAAGGUGGCCGACGUCCCCGGGUGCGGGGCCGGCUGCACCGAAGGGUGCCAAGUUUGCACCGAAGCGGAGAAACGCAUCUACCGGGGCGACAAACACUGCGGGGUCCUGGUGAAGAAGAAGGGACCCUUCGCCCCCUGCCACGGCGCCAUCGACCCCAACCCCUACUUCAACAAUUGUCUCUUCGACACCUGCCUCUUCGAGGGGCAUCAGGAAACCGUCUGCCGCUCCGUCAGCGCCUACGCCACCGCCUGCCAGAGCCAGGGCAUCCGCAUCGGCCCGUGGCGCACCGACACCUUCUGCAGCUUCAUCUGCCCCCGGAACCAGCACUACGAGCUCUGCGGCCCAGCCUGCCCGGCCACGUGCUGGGGCCAAACAGAAGUGGAAGCGUGUGACGAAACCGCGCCUUGCACCGAGGGCUGUUUUUGCAACGACGGCUUCUUACGGAGCGGCGACCGCUGCGUCCCCCUGCCCGAGUGCGGCUGCUUGCACGAGGGUCGCUACUACAAGACGGGCGAGGUGUUUUACGCCUGCCCUCAGUGCAGCGAGCGUUGCACUUGCAAAGGCGCCGGGGCGCUGGAGUGCGAGCCGGACGGUUGCAGGGCGGGCGAGGAGUGCGCGGUGCACGACGGCGUGCGAGGCUGCUACCCCCGCGAGUGCGGCCUCUGCCAGGUGCUGGGCGCCGUUUCCUACAGAACCUUCGAUGGGCGCCUGCUGCAUUUCGCCGGCACUUGCACCUACAUGUUGGCGGCGGUCGAAGACGGCGGCGGCGGCGACGAGGAACCGCUGGUGCCUUUCGCGGUGGAGGUGGAGAAGGGGAGCGGCAAGGAGGGACCGGUGAUGAGCCGGCUGCUGGUCACCGCGCACGGAGUCACCGUCGCCGUGGCCAGGGGCACCCAGUGGGUGGUGACGGUGGACGGCGAGCAGCACCUCCUGCCGCUGUCGCUGGCCGAGGGGGCCGUGACGGUGUCGCAGGAGGGCACCUACCGGGUGCUGCAGCUCCGCGGCGGCCCCAAACUCCUCUACGACGGCGACGGCUACGUGCUGCUCACCCUCCCGGCCACCUACCGCCGCCGCACCCGCGGCCUCUGCGGCGACUUCAACGGCAACGCCGACGACGACCCCUCCGACCCCGAGGCGUUGGGCGCCGCUUGGGGCAACCUCACGGCCUCCUGCACCCAUGGGUCCUCGCCCCCCACCUGCCCCACGGCCACCCCGGGGCCCUGCGAGGCGCUGCUGGACGCGGAGGGGCCCUUUGCUGGGUGCCACGAGUGGGUGGCGCCGCGGGAGGCGGCGGCCGCGUGCGCGCAGGAGGCCUGCGGGCGGCACGAGGCCGAGGCGCGCUGCGGCGUCCUGCAGGCCUACGCGGCGGCGUGCCAGGCGGCCGGGGGGCAGCUGCGGGAGUGGCGGGGGGCCGCCAAGUGCCCCCUCUCCUGCCCUCCCAACAGCCACUACGAGCUCUGCACCCACACCUGCGAGCACACCUGCGCCAGCCUCUCCGCCCCCACCGCCUGCACCAGCAAGUGCUUCGAGGGCUGCCAGUGCAAUGAGGGCUUCCUCUUCAACGGGGACAAAUGCGUCCCCAUGGAUUCCUGCGGGUGCCUGCACCACGGCCGCUACUUCAAGAUCGCCGAGACCGUCUUGUCCCCCGACUGCAGCGAGAGGUGCACGUGCCAAGCGGCCGGCGGCAUGCGCUGCCAACCGGCCGGCUGCCCCUUCGGCCAAGCCUGUGGCCUCAAGGACGGCGUCCGCCGUUGCGUGGAGCAACCGGGGCGUUGCACCCUGUCCCCCGCCACCGGCUUCGUCACCUUCGAUGGGAUCACCGGCACCGCCGUGGCACCCGGCAUCUACGUGCUGACCACCACGUGCGACCCUCAGCGCCCCGCCUGGUCCCGGCUCCUGGCUGAUGUCGGGAUGCACCAGGACCGGCCGGUCGUGAUGGCCCUUCAUCUCUUUCUCCCUCAGUCCAUCAUCACCGUCAAGAGGGACAAGAGGGUGUGGGUCAACGGCGUUGCCGCCGCCCUCCCCGUGGAGGUCCCCGGGGAGGUGACGGUCACCGAGAGCCGGGGCACCCUCUGGGUCACCCGCCGCCCCGAUUACGUCAUCGGCCUCGACCCCGCCGCCGGGGGGGUGACGGUGACGGCGCGCCGUGGGGGCCCGGAGCCCUGCGGCCUCUGCGGCGACAACGACGGGGAGGCCGGCGACGACCUCCGCGGGCCCGACGGGCGGCUGCUGCCCGACGCGGGGGGGCUGCCGCGGGCGUGGAGGGCUCCCGACUUCACCCACUGAGGCAGAAAAAGGGCGUUUAAUGCCUGGAAGAGGGACAGGGCGCGUCAUCGCUGACGUCAUCACGGCCGGAAGGAAGAAAAUAUGAAAAAAAACCC